AUGACGAACCCUCCCGACGAAAGAGUGGUCUACCUUGCUCUAAGAAACACCUUUAAAGGUGCCGAUGCGCAGGUGCGCAGACCGAAGAAGGUCCGCGAACUCGUCCAGAAGGUGCAGAAAAGAAGUGACGUGAGAGAUCUCAUAAGAGAGCAUAACAUCGACAACGUGUGCAAUGUGGCGCGAUCUCUCCUUGAGCAGCAGAUCUUCGAAUCGACACUGAAAGCAAAAAUUCGAUUUCCAGAGGUGUUCCAAGUCUCACCAGCCCAAACCGCCGAACGUUCAGCCUCAGAAGCAGAAGCUGCAAGGAGCGAAGCCAACGCCAUCAGAAUACUGACAGAGGGCGAGAGAUCCAACGACACCAUCCCACAAAGCCAAGAUCUUCUUCCAGCCCAGAAUGCUCCUCUAGACUCUGUACCUCACGAGUUGCCUGGACCCUCUGGCAAGCGCCCUUCCUGUUACCCGGUCGCUAAUGUCCCUUCACUGUAUCCUGUUUACCUGCCUUUCCAGACACAGCACCAAUUGCUCGUCAAAGUACAGGGCAUUCUGGAACGGGCAUGUCACGAAUUUGGGAUGCGAGCGAUAAAAGAGGCUGUGGAGCGGGAGGGAUGGGACUGUCCAGAGUCUGCGGAGCUGAAUAGGUGGCCACGAGUCCUCCUCCUUCAUAAAGAUAAUUUUUUGCAGGGAGACCUAGAGGCACUUGGGAAACCAUUGGAACAAGUGCUCGAUUCCAUUACCCAGCUCCGGCACACUGCCGUACACAGACUGCGGGUCAGUGCAAAUCGCCUCGAGCAGUUCAUGGUGGAUGCAGAGGCCCUAGCUCGACUCCUUCAACAUGACUCUUGUACCCGGCAGCUUAGCCGCCUUCGCCUCGAUACUCAACUCACACUUGGCGAGUUGAAGCGGUACAAAGACCUUCUCGAGUCGAACGUCACGUCGAAAUUAAGAGACAUCGCCACUCAAAGAGCGGAGUUAGAUCGCCUGGAAGAAGAGGCCGUGCAGGACAUGUUGAGAGAGGACAAGGAAUAUCAACGUCUGGCAGGUAUGAGCCUGAACCAAGCCAUGGAAACUCCGGAUACAGUUCUACACAGUCAGGCGCCGACAGAGCUGGACACGAAAUCCGAUUGCGAUCCCGACACCGAUCUGGAGCGCAUCAGUUCUAAUGAACAAGAUACUGAUUACAGGGGAGGUUCUUCGUCCAAGGCUGCUGGAUGA